CCGUGCUGUCAGAUCUCCAUUUUGUAUGUUUUUCCUAGAGGUUAGCGACUACUUUUCUCUUGGCUAUGAACCGUGUUAUAGCAGGCAGGCUACUUGAGUAGUUGGCUAAUUCUUUGCAUUUCGUAUGCAUUUUGCUGUCGAUUUCCUCGACGCGGAUUAAAGGAUUUUACUUAGAUAAUAGCUGUCCAAUCUUAUCUUAUACCGAGGAUCUGCAAAUAAACACGCAGUUUGGUUCUGCUAAUAGCUAGCAUUAAGUAGUCCAUAACCAAAACAAUGUCAGACGAUGCAUGGACUCGCAUCAACUACCAAUCGUUUGACGGGACCAAAAGAUGGAUGAAGGAGGAGUAAAGAGGAGAAAGAGUACCAGAGAUGCCAAUCUGACCACGCUGGUGUACAGAGAGAGCCCUGCCGAGGGAGCCCCACUGAGAGUCGCUCCUCGCAGUGCCAUGUCCGUAGCCUCCGCCACGUCUGUGGGGCUUCCAUCCAGCCUUCUCAUGCAGCCCGGAGACGUGCUCAACGGCCUCAGCACCAGCCCCGGCCUCUACGUGGAAGACCUGGAGCUCAAGGGGCAGCGGCCCCAGCAGCAGCUGCAGUUUCCCCAACAGCAGGCUCAGAGCCACGCCUCCAGCUCCCUGGGUCUCUGUGCUGCGGGGGAGAACUUCUCCCGGCUGGAGGCUAGCAUUGCUGACCUCACUAGUGCCUCCCCCUCCAUGGAGUCUCUGAUAGGGGGAUCUGACCCCAGCCUGUUCUUGAAGACUGAGGACUUCUCCAUGGAUAAAGGAGACCCCAUGGACCUGGAUCAUGACGCCUUCGGGCACAGGGACGUUGACGUGAGCCAGAAGCUGUUCAACGACAACACCCUGGACCUGCUCCAGGACUUUGAGCUAACCGGCUCGCCCUCAGACUUCUAUGUAGGGGACGAUGCGUUCCUCUCCACCCUGGGGGACGACGACUCCCUGAUGGGGGAGCUGAGCUCUGAGAGGGACAGUAAGUCCUCCCUGGCUGGGCCUGGAGGAGGGGGCGGCUCAUCUGGCCUGAACGGCAGCAGCCUCACACCUUCUCAGGAUGAGUCCAACUCAAGCACAUCCACCUCCACCACGCCCACGCUUAGCGCUGCCCUGGUGGUGAAGAAGGAGAAGGACGCUGGUUUCCUGCAGCUGUGCACCCCAGGGGUGAUCAAGCAGGAGAAGACAUCUGCUGGGCGUAGCUACUGCCAGAUGAGCAGUGGCUCCACCUCAUCGUCCUCCUCCGGCCUCCCCAGCCCCAUCUCCAUCUGUGGGGUAAGCACCUCCAGCGGGCAGAGCUACCAUUUCGGGGUGAGCUCCUCCAGCCCGGCCUCCAGCUCCAGCAGUGGAGGCACUCACAAGGACCAGAAGCCCGGGUUCAGCCUCUACCCUGCACUGACGACCAUCGGGGAAGCCUGGAGCAACCGGACGCCGGGCUACGUGGACGCCUCAGGAAUGCAGAGGGGAGAUGGCUUCUCCAGCUCCCCCGCCUCCUUCUCGGCUGGCUUCUCCAGUUCCACUUCCAGGCAGGAGGGGGGCGCUGGUUCUGUGUCCCAGAGCAAGGCCAGUGGCACCAAGGUCUGCCUGGUGUGCUCAGACGAGGCGUCGGGCUGCCACUAUGGGGUGCUCACCUGCGGCAGCUGCAAGGUCUUCUUCAAGAGAGCUGUGGAAGGUAUGGUCGCAAGAGGACAACAUAAUUACCUGUGUGCUGGGAGGAACGACUGCAUCAUCGACAAGAUCAGACGGAAAAACUGUCCAGCCUGCCGAUUCCGGAAGUGUCUAGUGGCAGGAAUGAACCUGGAGGCUCGUAAGACCAAGAAGCUGAACCGUCUGAAGGGAAUCCAGCCGAGCGCCCCAGCAGAGCUCAGCCCGCCCCCCCUGCCCGAGGCCCGCUCCCUGGUGCCCCGGUCCAUGCCCCAGCUCAUCCCCACCAUGCUGUCCCUGCUCAAGGCCAUUGAGCCAGACACCAUCUAUGCCGGCUACGACAGCACGGUGCCCGACACCUCCACGCGCCUCAUGACCACCCUGAACCGGCUGGGAGGCCGGCAGGUCAUUUCUGCUGUCAAGUGGGCCAAGGCCCUGCCAGGGUUCCGGAACCUUCAUCUAGACGACCAGAUGACGCUGCUGCAGUGUUCCUGGCUGUUCCUCAUGUCCUUCGGGCUUGGCUGGAGGUCCUACCAACAGUGCAACGGAGACAUGCUCUGCUUCGCUCCUGACCUCGUCAUCAAUGAGGAGCGUAUGAAGCUGCCUUACAUGGCAGAUCAGUGUGAGCAGAUGCUGAAGAUCUCCAGUGAGUUUGUCAGGCUGCAGGUUUCUCAUGAUGAGUACCUGUGUAUGAAGGUUCUCCUGCUGCUCAGCACAGUGCCAAAGGACGGCCUGAAGAGCCAGGCGGUGUUUGAGGAGAUCCGGAUGUCCUACAUCAAAGAGCUGGGCAAGGCCAUCGUGAAGCGUGAGGAGAACUCCAGCCAGAACUGGCAACGCUUCUACCAGCUCACCAAACUACUGGACUCCAUGCAUGAGAUGGUGGGCGGUCUUCUGAACUUCUGCUUCUACACGUUCGUUAACAAGACCCUCAGUGUGGAGUUCCCUGAGAUGCUGGCGGAGAUCAUCAGUAACCAGUUACCAAAGUUCAAGGCUGGCAGCGUGAAGCCUCUGCUCUUUCACCAGAAAUGACUGUGACCCCCCAGCGCCCCAACACAAUGCCUUAAAGUCCCCCAGCGCCCCACCCACCAGGAGCACUCCACCAGGGGCAGGAGCACACUCAGAGGAUAGAUUCUGCAGAGAAACAAGUGGAGAGAGAGAGGGGAGAAAGUGUGGGAAGAACUAUGCAACAAUGAGAUGGGAGGGUCAGGGGUUGAAGGAUCACAGGAAGCAGAGAUUUGUAGAGUGAGAGAGAGAAAGCGUGAGAGAACACAGUGUGUUUAUGUUCUAAAUGGUCUCAGUACAGUAUGAAACAUGUCGGAAGGAUCUCAUUUACAUAAUCCACAUAAUCAACCAUGAAAUAAACUAACCAUCUAUGUUGUCUCAGGAUUCUGACAUAACGAUAUCUAUAAGUAGAUCAAAUAAGUAUCUGUGUACAGGUAAUGAUUAUAUUUUUUACAUUACUCGAUUUACAAUAUGUCAUAGUUUAAACAGUUUCACAGAUCAAAGUUAGAUGAGCAAAGGUCAUUUCUAUAUAACUAUAACUUGCUGUCAAUACUUUCCACAACUCGUAGACUCUCUUCCCCUUGUCUUCUGGGAGGGUUCUGACACCAGAAUGACUGCUGUGUGUGUUACACACCUGACACCAGCUGUGUGGAAACAUUCAAAUGCUUUUCUCUUUUUUUCAUGUGGGUUUUUAGAGAUUACUUUUUGUAGAAAACGUUCACCCCAGUCAGAUACAACUUCUCACAUGCUAACUGCAAACAGGUUUACACGUCUUUUAUAAAAGGGAAAAAUGUGCCUUUUUCAGCUUGAAGUCUGAUUUUAUCCAUCCUAACCCAAACCCUAACCCAUCCACCCUCCUAAACUUUUUAAGGCUGGUUUCAAUUUGUUCCAUCUAAACCCACCAUGUCCAUAAUUGUAUGUGAUUGUAUUUUGAUAUGACAUGCAGUUCCAGAUUUCCUUGUUUUUAACAGUCAUGUUUUUUAUGUUGAAGUUGGCAGCUUGGUGUUACUGGGUGAACUCAUAACAAGUGAUUCUUAUGAAUGAGUACAUGUAGCUCUCCACACUAUACCUAGUCACUCUGCUCUCUGAAACCCCUUUCCUACUAAAUAUGCCGUUAAGCCGCCACCGCCCCCAAACUACUAAAAGCUUUAAAAGAGAAUGAUACUAUAUACAUUACUAGGUUUGAAUUUAAACUGCAUGGGAGGUGGGGGUUUUAGUCAUGUGACUGAUCCCUUAACUGUUUGUGGUUUUUCCCGUCAUGCUACUGCUGGAAUGUGAUAGGUAGUUGCGUUAGCCAAUCAGAAGGAGGUAAACGAGACCUGGGCAUAAAAAACAAACUGGAUGCCAUGGUUUCCCUGAGAGGGCAUUCCGUCCUGUAGUGUCUACACUGACCACCAGGAGGCACACCAGUAACGGAGUUGUCAACAAAAAGUUUUUAAGUAUGCAACAACAACAAAACAGCUUCAGACCCAUAAAUAUUUAAACAUCUCUGGUGCAUCUGAAUGAAAGGCAUUGAUAUUAACCCCUCAGUUUUCCUCCUGCUGUGUGUACACGUGUGGGUGUACAUGUGUGUGUGUGUGUGUGUGAACGUGUGUGUGGGUGUACAUGUGUGUGUGUACAUGUGUGUGUGUGUGAACACGUGUGUGUGGCCAUGUUAGGAAACCCCUUUCUUAGUAGUACUUAUUAUCUCAUCCCAUAUCAUCUUGUUGCUAGCAUUAUCCUCUCCACUCUCUGGGAAUUACGCAGUGCCAAAUCUUUUAUUUACUGUUUUUAAGUUUGGGAAAUCUGAACAGAUGUCAGUGUUUAUAUCAACAGAAACCAAGAACGCAUCCCCAAUCAGAGACUUUAUUAGGUUCAUGAAGUCAAGUUCUGGAUAUGUACAGUGCUUUGGACCAUUAGUAAUGCCCUUUAUGAGAAUGAGUUAUGAAUUAAUUUAACUAGUGAGCACAGAAGAGAAAUGAAUAAAUUGUCAUAUUUACUCCGUUGGUAUUAUCACACCGCACCCUGUCUUUAGUUGUGUCUGGGGUGAGAGGUUGACAGCUUCUUUCUAGUGUGUCUUUCAUGUCAUUAGAACAGUUCCCUGGUCUUUUAUCUUUUACUUAUAGUUGGAUUUUUAACAUUGUAUUGUUUGUGUUGUGAAGCACAGACCCACCCAGAUAUCAGAAAUAUUAUGAAUCCACAGGGGCUUGUCGACCUUUAUUAGAAUUGUUUCAUAGACAUUUAUCCAAUAUCAUGAUGACACACUCUGUCUGGUCUGGAGAAACUGGAGGACAAUAAUGAUGUAGAUUAGAAAGAGAUUUUAGGAAAGCUGCAGUGUGAUUCUACUUUAAUCGAAUUAAAAUAGUUGUUUUUAUCUCGUUUGCUGUCUUGGUUGGUCUAUUUGUGCAUGGUGGAAAAGCACAGGUGCAUGGUGGGAAAGCACAGGUGUCAUGUUUCUGUGUAACACACAAAGCCAACAUCAGUCAAAGCUAUCCAGCCGUGCUCAAGACAUGCUCAGGUGGGGUGUGAUGGAGCAGGUGUAUGUGGAGCAGGUGGUCGUCUAUGUACACCGGUACAUGGAAUGAACCAAAAACACACUCUUUAAUUUUCAACAUUGUUUUCGUUGUUGGUUUUGUUUUUGGGCAGGAAGUGCUUAGCAAAUUGGGUAAGUGUUAGUUUGUGUGUGUCUGUCGUCCCCCCUCCCUCCCUCAGAACGGAUGCUUGUGUGUAAAUUUUUUAUUAUAUUUCAACUUUAUUAGCUAAUGAUCCCUCCAGGCUCCCCAGGUUUACUUAUAGUUUACUUUCACAUCCAGUGCGUCACACUUCUCUGCCCCCUGCAGGUGUCUACUCCACCUUGUCUCAUCUUGCUUUCCUCUGUGGAUGAAAGCUGCUACAUCUUAGGCAAGGCCUUCAGAAUAUGCAAUAGACUUUAACAGAAGAUUAGACUUCAGUGAUCUCUGUCCUUUUUACACUAGACUUUUCAUACCUUUUCCACACUCAGUUUAGUGGACAUUCUUAGUACCUCUGCAGGACAGAUUUUCAGGAAACGUUUACCUGUACGUCAGUAAAACAGUCCUCGGAAGCUUCUGGUGCGCGAACUCCAAGGUGACCAAAGCAUUGACAAGUAUUUUAGCCCCAAAUUGCUUUGGUCAAAAUGUGUAAUACUGUGAAUUUGAUAGGAGUCGGUUUCUUCUUUUCACACAUUGCUUGUGAAAGUAAUCACAACCUGAAAAUUUGCACUACCCCAAAUAUUGUUUAAAAUUAUAUUUUGUAUAAAACAUAUGCAAACAUUAACUUUUGAGAAUAAUCAAUAUCACGUGUCACUGAUAUGCUUUCUUUAAAUCUUGGUUUUGCUUUCAAAUCAUUAUGUUGUGUGUACAUAUAACCCCAAUGUAAAGAAAAUGUGGCGUAUUUGUCCCAAAAUAAUAGUUUUCUAUAUCCACCUGUAUAAUUUCUCCCUGUAGAGUGAAUCUGGUUGAUCUUUUCCCUUUAUCUGAUUAAAUGUUCAACAGGUUGUCUUUUGUUGCGUGGUACUUUUCAAAACAAACUAAUUGUAAGUUGAUGUGUGCUGAUAUGAUAAUAUUAACUCAAACCCAGCAGUGAGCUGGAAGCCACUUAAGCACUUGCUGAUACAAUAAAGGUGCAUCUCUGUU